UGACAUUUUACUGAAAUGUUUAGAUGGGUUAGAAAUAAAUAUUCCAUGAAAAGUUUUGAUUUAAAUAAUAAUUACGAUGAGGAGAUAUCUAAAGAUUUUAUGUCGACCAUCUUUCAAAGCAGUAUCAAGAAAGAAGCAGAAAAAAAAUUAGACACAAUGGAGGUUGAGAUCAACCAGCGAGUGAGGAAGUUUCAUUUGUUAAAAGAGAAAGGUCACGGCCUUGGAAUUCAGAUUUCAGAUGGUAAUGAAGGAAAGAAAGGCAUAUUUGUCAGCCAUUUGCUGGAUGGUGGUGCUGCUACUAGGGACGGAAGAAUUAACGUUGGUGACGAAAUUUUAUUUAUUAAUGGCUACUCGUUGAUUGGCGUGUCUCAUCAAGAUGCUGUUCAUUUACUUCGAGCUGCAAAGAAUCCAAUACAAAUUGUUGUUAGCCAAGAUGUAAGAGAUACUACAAAUAAUAACAAUAAUGAUGAUGAAGCACCCAAGCAAAAGUUGAAAGAUUUUAACGAUAAUGAUUUGUCUAUAUUCGAAUCUGAUCCAAAUCUUCCAAAGGAGAUUGUUUUAAUGAACGGAAAAGAAGGGAAAAGACUUGGCUUCUCCAUAGUUGGUGGUGCUAAUUCGGAAACCAACAUGGGUAUUUUCAUUAAAACAAUAUUACCAGAUGGCCUUGCAGCAGUUGAUGGUAGAUUAAAAAUAGGUGAUGAAAUUUUGAAGGUGAACAACGUUUCGUUAUCUGGAGUUACACAUGAAGAUGCUGUGUACAUGUUUAAGUCUCUAAAGAAAGGUCCGGUCAGAUUUUUGGUUAAAAGCGGUCGAAAAGUAAAAAGAAGAUUGAGUUGGCGAAAAAGUCCUAAUGUUCACGAAAUUCAUUUAACGAAAGUGGCUGGUAAGGGACUGGGAAUUGGUGUGGUGUCGUCAGGAAGUGUGGAGAAAAAAACCUAUGGUAUUUUUGUGAAAUAUAUUGCAAAAGGAUCACUAGCUUCAAAGCUAGGAAACCUACAGCUUAAAGAUCAAAUACUUUCGAUAAAUGGUCAUUCAUUGCAGCACGCUUCCUUGGAGGAUGCUUACAAGAUCUUACGUGCUCUAAAACCUGGCACCGUAACGAUGGUCAUAAAAAGAGGAACGAAGAAGGAGGAGCGGAAUGAUAACGAAAGGGAAAAAAGAAAUCGAACAUUGAGUGUUGAUAAGUCUCAAAGUGAGGUCGAGAAAAGUCCAAAGAUAGAGACGGUAAAGAAGUCAUCGCUAGCAGCUUUGAUGUCACCAGCAAUGCCGGUUCACGGAGUAGCACGAACAGACAGCCUGCAAUCAGCAAUAUCUCUGUGUGAAUCUGAAGAUUCGGAUGACGAUGUCAAUUCAAUGUCGUCUCUUACAAGUUUUACCUCAGACCUCGUCGACUCCCCAAUAGUUAAAACCGAAGAAAAGAAGAAGAAAAAGAAACAAAAGGAUGGCUGGUUUAAUGCUAAAGAUCCAAACGACUCUCCGAGUUUACUCGAUGACCCAGAAAAUAUGGUAGUAAGUUUUAAUGGCACAUCGGGUUUAUUACGAGACAAAACUGAUGGGAUUAAGAAAGAUGGGCAUAUACUGGAUCACGUUAUAGUUGUGAGAGAUUCAACAGGUUCUCUUGGUUUGAAUAUCAAAAUAAAGAAAAGUGUUAUACCCGGAAAUCACGACGGAGUGUUCGCGAAAUCUGUCAUCCCAGGAGGAGCGGCUGACAAAGCAAUUGGUAGUGAUUGCGGUGGAAUAAAAGAUGGCGACCAAAUCGUGCAGGUAAACGAUAAACGAAUGGAAGAACUCUCGUACAACAUGGUGAUAGUUUUGUUUAAAAAUAUUCCGAAGAAAAGUGUAUUUGUUUUAAAGAGGAAAGACCAAAUUUGCAAUGAUGAAGAAAAUGAGAAAGUGGAGUUUACACAAGAUAAACGUGAAAGAACACGAAAGUCUUCGUUCGAAAUGACUAAUGUGCCGAAUUUGAUAGAAGAUCAGACAGUCUGUAAAACACCUUUAAUCGAAAGAAACAGUGUGUUAUCAGGGUCGUUUAGAGGAGAAUAUAAAACACAAAAUGAAAAACACAUCAGUAAAACAACAAACGCUGCGCCAGUUACAAGAACUCCCCCGUCAUCAAAACUGGUCUCCACAGUGCACUCAGAGUCCCCAACGUCAACGAUGCUACAGAUCAAUAACACUGAACUGAGCAAAAUUUCAUCUUUUAAAUUUACUGGAAAGGAAGGUGGCAUUGGUGUGCCUCUACCAGAAUCAUCUGAUAUUCCAGAAGGAAUGAAUGUCCAUUUAAUCGAAAUACCAAAAGACGAGAAAUCGACCCUUGGUGUGAGUUUGGUGGGUGCCACUGGUUGCUGCGUUGGAUAUUUUCAGGUGCGACGUGUCUUACCUGGAAGCAUAGCAGAGGGGAGUGGUCUCAUUUCCCCUGGUGAUUGCAUAUACUCUUUAAAUGGAAUUAUUAUGAGCAACAUGACCCAUCCUCAAGCUUUACAAGCUUUAAAACAUUGUGGAAAACUUGCGAAGUUGGUUAUAUUUCGUAAAAAAACAACAGAAAAUGAACUUCAGCGCACGCCUCACAACAGGCAUGUUAGUAGUAAUGUCAAAACUAGCCCUUCAAAACAAAAUGGUAUACCUGGCUGUAUAGCAAACGAAGCUGUCACACCUGUUCGUCCGCCCUACCGUCGGAGAAUAACUGCCGACUCGACUAUAUCCAAUGGAUCCAUACCUUUACUAAAAGAUGAUGAUGGCGAAAGCGAUGUCGUGAAAAGAGAUGAUGACGGAUUUUCUGACGUCAAGAAUCCUUUGCUAUCUGAUGUUAAAUUGUCACGUAAGACAAACAAUAAAAAUUCUCAAGUGACCAUACCAACGUUUGACGACGAUAACGAUUCUGUGAUAUCUGCCAACCCGUCUAAUAACGUAUCGAAAAAUCUUCCGAAAUGUGUUGCCGUAAACAAACGCUCCUCCUUGGGUGCUUUUAUGAUCGAAUACGACAAAGUGUACAAGGGCUUGGGAAUCGAUGUGAUGCUAGACGAAGUUGGAGAGUGUUAUAUAACUGGUGUGAUGAGUAACGGUCUUGUAGGUGCAGACAAUAGAAUUAGAACUGGCGACAUCUUGGUUGCUGUUAACAACGAACUUAUGAGCGGGAAACCAAUUUCUUAUGUAAAAGGCGUCUUACGUAACAUCGCACGUGGAAAGGUACAGAUUAUCGCGAAAACUUCACAGAACGAUAAUGAUUCACCUCGACUGAACAGCAGGAGAGAUUCCGUCAUAACGAACCAAGAAAACGAAAGCGUGGUCAGUUCUUCUACGAACCCAUAUUCAGUUUUCUCUCUGCCUCUACCGAGAGACAAGAAAACGAAAGUGCUGACCUCUUCACGACCAUCUUCAGCUGAGAUACCACCACCUCCUUCCUUCGAUCACCAACACAUCCAAAGUAAUUUAAUGUCACUUCAAGCCAAUCAUUCGUACGAUUUACUAGACUCGCGCGAUGACGUUAGUGAUGUCGCAUCGCUACCACCAGCUCCACCGAGACCAGCAAUACCACGUGAUGUUAUUUGCAGAAACGUGCUGCAUGACGACGCUGAAAACGACAACGAUAGUGAUUUAGAGAGCAUGUUUAGUUGUAUACCUGCCGCCCCGCCACCCGUUACAAACUUUGAGAUGGCGCAAAACACGCCACGGAGGACUACAAGCCAGCCUAACGCUGACAUGUUACAACCAACUAAACUCGCACAAAUUAAAAGUGCCAUGGCUUGUUCAGAAAGUUCGGAUGAAGAAGAACCUGAUUUUGACGAUGGAAAAAGUGAUUUUUACAUACCUCCGCCUCCACGCCCAGUGUUAAACCGUCGUGAAACAAGUUCUUCUGACGAUAAGAAUUUUACUGACGGUCAUGAUAAUUCUAGUUAUACUCAUGAAAUUCCUGAGAAAUUGGAAAGUGUAAGGAAAAGGGCUUAUAAUUCGCCAAAAAUCGAGUCUAGAAAAUCUGAUGAAUUUAAAAGUGUUAAAAAGAACGAGCCUCUUGUUACAGUCGAUGCUGAGUCAGCACCUGAAGUGAAUUCCCAACAUGACAUGGACUUUAAUCCGUACGAUGUAAUGGAGAAUUUGCGAACUGACAAACCAAAUGAUAAAAGUAAAGAUGAAAGAGCACCUCUUGAAAGGAAAGAAAAUAUUCCGCCUGAAGAAUUAAGCGCAAGUAGCAGUUUGACUAUUACUGACGACGAGAAAACCGAAAUCUACUAUCCUAAGAAUUCUUUAUAUCAUCAAAGAAAAAAGAAAUCUCUAUUUGCAAAGUUAAAAUCAAAGCUGCUUUUACCCAGCAGAAACGAAGAAAAACAAUACGACAACCCAAAGCAAGACAAAACUAAAACCAAAUCAAGACCUCUGAGUGCAUUGGAUCUGAAUGAUAAUAUCUCGAGAAGCCGAAUGAAAAUGUCGGUGAGCCAACCCGAUCUUACGGCUAUUUAUACACCAAUGGAUGAUAAUAAGCCUUCUAUGAGGAAAGCAGACUCUAUGGAUGACGGUACGUUCCGCGGAUUCUUUCAUGAGGAGAAUAGGAAGGAAGAGACGAAUCUGCUGUCACCCGGUGCGUUGAAAGUAAAAAGUUCUUCACUGCCUAGGAUUUUGUCUUUCCGACGGCCGGUAAAGUCAAAAGAGCGCAAACGUGCGGCCGUGACGACUCGUAAUGUUUCUCCUCCUCGCACUCCACCCCCUCCCCCACCGUGUAGUUUAGAAUCAGAACUACCGCAGUUUAAUAUUCACACACCACUUUCUUCGUGUGGAAUGAUAGAAACGCGAAAAAGCGACGAACCAUCCCCGUACGAACAUAUUGACCAGUUUAUGUUUCCUGAGCAACAAGCAUCACUAUCUGAAACAUCCUCUGGAAUCGGUAGCUACGCGGCAGAAGGACCGACUGCUGUGCGAACUCCAGAUGGUAGCCGAGAGAACUUAGAGGAUUCGUUUGACUCCAUUGAUGUUGUUGGCCGAGGGAUGUCAUGUCCACAAAAAAAGCCACCGCCUCCACCAAAACCUAUCAAUUUAAUGAAAGGAAAAAGCCAAUCACUCGGAAACCUCGUUCUUCCACCAGAAACGCCUGUAAGACCAACACUUAAAAAGCGUGGCUCAUCUUUACUGGCCCUAAAUUUUCCCCCUCCGCCUCCUACUGAAGAUGAUGAAAGCAGUGUUGAAAAAGACUCGCCUGCCUCUCAACACAGCGACUUUAAUCUUUCGCCCGAAGAAAGUCCUCGAUCUAAAAUGGAAUUGUCGGAGAAAGAUAAAUCUGAUCCUAAACUCCAGCCUUUCUUUAUGACUAAUCAAGUUGAUGAACUUCUCCGUUCUCUACCCACACGUGAUUCCGAGUAUGAUGCCACUGAAGCUGAUUGCAACUAUGCUGAUGACGACGGCUGGGGAAGUGAGUUUUCUGUAAGCGUAUAUGAUGGUCAAAGUAGAUUAAACUCCACUGAUAGUUACUAUCUUCAGCAAUCACCAAUAAGGGGAACAGAUUUAUUUUUAGCCGGCAAACCACCUCUUAAAAGUCAAACUCUGCCGUUGGAACCAACUAAAAGGAAUAAACGAAAAUACAAUGUAGAAAAAGAACAAGAACUGAAAUCACCAUUACCCAUUCCAAAGUCAAAAGUUAAGGAGCUUAGACAUUUCUUCAACAAGAAAACUACUUACGACUUAAAAACAGAUGGCGAUGAUGCUGCACUCACAAAAAAGGAGAAACGGAAGCUAAUUAAAUCCACUCCUCCGGGGACGUUUGCAGAAGGAUUGCUUGAUAUAUCGGAGCCAGUAUUAGUAAAGAGAACGACUUUUUCGGAAAUGUUCUCCAAAGAAGAACUACAAGCUUACGGCUUCCCCAAAGAUUCGCGUUCGCACGAGGAUAUUGUACGAAAUGCCAUCGAGCGAAAUAAUAACUAUGAGAAAAUAAAACAGUAUAGUGCAAGCGAAACUAAUCUGAACUCUCUGUAUGACGAGAACGAUUUGUACGAAAAUCCUGCACUGAUUCUUUCUCCGCGUGACGCCGGCCCUUGUUCUCCGCGUGACGCCGGCCCUUGUUCUCCACGCGCCGCUAACUAUAGCGUUGUGUCACCACACGCCGCUGUCGUUAACAGUGUUUACACAGAACCUCUGAAUGACAACACUUUAAAUGAGAGAACACCCGUACAACCUGCUGGUAAGAAAAAUCCGGUACCGAAACCACCCCGCAGGGGAAGCUGGGAUACAAAUAAGCUUCUGUAUGAUACGGCUGAGAGUUACGCUAAUCUUGAGCAGAUAAAGUCACGUGGCAGCUUUGACGUAAUCGCGAGAGCUGAACACCUUGAUGAAAACCUUAUGAACCACGAAUACGCUUCGAAUGUUGAUACAACUCUGGCUGGCGACGAUUACGACGUAUGCGCAUAUAAGAAUUUGAAAAAUUAUCAAAAACUCAUGGAAAAUGUUGAAGAAGACUGGGAGGAAUUCAGGCCGGUACCUGAGAUUCCGUAUGAGGAAAAUUUUUUGAACAAUAACACAAGUUUAUCACAAGACGAACUUGAUCAACUCUACGCGAAAAUAGACUUUACUAAAAAAAUAGGUUACAAUCCAACUGAUGGCGACACGCCCAGUCAUGUGACAGAUGGAUAUUCAAGUGACUGCACUGUGUAUACAAUACCUGAGAAAAAUAAUUCCCCAGAGACGAAAGAAGUAAGAUUUGAAGAUGCGUUUUCUCAACAGAUUGAUGCUGUGGACGGACACGAGAAGAAGAUGAAAGAUAAAGUAAAAUAUUUCAAAGAAGGAGUUUUUAGAGUCGAGCUUUUAAAAGAACCUGGUAAAACACUUGGCAUUGUUAUAACGGGCGGUUCGGACACGCCUAUCAAAAAAGUACUAGUGAAAAAUGUUUUAGGCGGUUCAGUUGCCAGCACGUGUGAGAUUCCUCUCAAAGAAGGGGAUGAGGUGAUUGAAGUAAACAAAACCACUAUUAUUGGUUGUUGUCACUCAGAGGCUUUGAACAGACUGAAACAAUCUCCUCCACUUGUUCAAUUAUCCCUCCGUCGUAGAGCUCACGGGAAUAAAAAAUUGCUAAAGCAACUUGAGGACAAUGAGAAACUUGCUCCAAAGAAAUUAGACACUGAAUCUUAUUUGUCGAACGUGGCAAAACUGAGUCACGUGGUACAAAUAAACAAAAUGAACGACCAUAGCUCAUCUGGUCAUAACGAGAAGAAACUUUCCGUUGAAUCAUUUGAACCGAGCGAGAGCAAGGAUUCGAAACAAGGAAACAUUAUAAACAGAAGGUUAAGUCACGUUCUACAAACUCCCCCACUAUUUACGAAGACCAAUUCGAAAAGUAUUAAACAGCGUUCGGCUUCUGCAUGCUCGUUAAACACAAACGUAUCGGUUUUGAGGGGGAACGGUUCAAUAACGAGUUCUACAAAUCGCAGUGAUUUUUCUAAAUUCGAAAUUGAUCUCAAUAAACAGAAUGGUAGAGGACUGGGGAUAGCUGUCUAUGGUGGACCCAAACAUGUUAUUGUUGAUGGAAUUAAAGUGAAACGAUUAGUUCCUGGUAGCGUGGCAAGUAUUGAUGGUAGACUGAUGACAAAUGAUUUGAUCACGUGUAUUAAUGGAAAACCGUUAAAAGGUUUCAGUCAAGGAGAAGCCCUGGGUUUUUUAAAAGAAAUUCCAGAUACUAUACUAUUGACUGUACAAAGAGUAAAAGAGGGUAGUAUUGUAAGAGGACCUUCGCAAGAUUCUCCAAGAUCGAGGAGAGAAGACUCUGUACCGCAAAGACCACAUUCACAAAUGGAUCACGUGAGCUCUCGAAGAUCUCGAUCGGAGACUCGUGAAAUUUCCACGCGAAGAUCGCGUUCUGAGACACGCCAAGAAAGCUGUACGCCACGGAAACGACCGCGAUCGCUAUCACGUUUAUCGCGAUUUUUUCGUGGAUCAAAAGAAAGUCUAAACUCCAGUAUCUCGUCAGAGUCGGAAGUUUCGAAAUUUUCGCAAGUAAAAGACGCUGUUUCGCGGAAAUUAAGCCGCGGUUCUUCAAAGAAUCCUAUCUUCACAAUCUACUUCGAUAAAACUCCCUCGUCUAACUUUGAUUUCACCAUUUCAGGUGGUCGUGACACAAUAUAUGGAGACGCCCCAAUUGUGAUUGAAUCUGUAAAGAAGGGUUGUGAACUGGCAAAGUCGCUUCAGGUGGGUGACGAAAUCAUCAGCGUACAAGGUUAUCGAGUCGAAGAAAUGUCACGAUCUGAAACGUUGGACUUUCUACAUGAACUACCCGCUGGUAGAGUAUGUAUGACAAUGCAACGUCGUUGACUGUGGUACGGACAUGAUGUGGAAUUUUAAACCAAAAUGUUUUUAGGGGUGUUCACCAAACCAAACCAAGCGCCAGACUUCAAGCAUUCAAAUUCUAAUAGCAGAAAAUAUUUUGCUUGUCCCAAGUAACGCAAAGAUAAAUGUUCAAAACUAAAAUUAUCGUUAACUGUUUUGAAAUUAAUUUGCUGCCCAAUAUUACCUAAGAUAUAACCUAUCAUUUCGUUCUGAAGUGAAAAUUAUACUUCAGUCCGCGUUUUCCAUACCGAGUUAGAUACAGAACUAGAAAAAACUUUUUUUAUCAAUAAUUUAUCAAUUUACUAAUUUAUUGAGAUUUGAGGGCAUUGUAAAUAGAAGAUGUCAUUUUUUAUAUAUUUCUUAUUGUUUAUAAAAGCUGAAUGUAUAUUGGUAUAUAGGAAAAUUUAUAAAUUAAUUUUUACAUAUUUUCUA